CAUACAAGUGUUGCCUUGGGCCCAUUGGGCAGUUCGAUAGUUACAUCUGUUUUCAGUACAAACCAGCAGUGUCGUUUUCCCUGGAUCCAGACCGGUUGAACCCGUUCUGCUGUGACCUGGGACUGAGCCUGGUUACUGCUGAGGCUGCGCUGUUGGAAGCCACUACUUUCUACACUUCGCUACGCCCCAAACUACGGAAAACACACACACGUACACUCGCCGUCGCUUUCUACACCCUACCCAGCGUGGUUUUAUCUCGCUCCCGAUGCUGAAGCAACCCCCGUGAAGUUGUUUUUAAACGUAUUUUCCCUUCCCUACAUCGGAGUGAUUUCCUCCACUGUCAGGAGUCCCGCAGAACGGAAAGGCCGUCGUAGGAAAAAUCGAUCCGCAGGAGAAACAAUCAGUGUCUGGAGCAAGACCUAGCCUCCAGCAGCCACAACAUUCAGGUCGCUUUAUUGUCUCUUCACUUCGCGGAUAUUUUCACAUCGUUUUACGGUGUCAUAGCAAAGAGAGACGAGCGAGGACCGUGGUUUUCUUCUGCCCUUGGCCAUGCGAGGAGCUCGGUGCUUCGUAGAAGAAUGCGUCGCCGUCUCCCGGCGCUAGCUCAGGCGCGGCUCCAUGGCCAGUAGUAACAACAUGCUCUUGGCCUCUGCUGUGGUGGUGUGGGAAUGGCUGAACGAACAUGGUCGGUGGCGGCCCUACAGCCCCGCCGUCCCCCACCAGAUAGAGGCGGCCAUCCGGAGCAGCGCCCCCCGUGGAGGGAGCGUGGUCCUCGGCCAGGUGGACAGCCGGCUUUCGCCAUACAUCAUAGAUCUCCAGUCCAUGCACCAGUUCCGACAGGACACAGGAACUAUUCGUCCGGUGCGGAGGAGUUUUUAUGAUCCAGCCUCAGCCCCGGGCCAGGGCUGGCAGUGGGAGUGGGAAAAUGAUGCAGGGACAUGGACGCCCUAUGACAUGGAGGUGGCCAUCGCCAUCGAGAGCGCCCACAGCCGCCAGCAGCCCUGCCUUGACCUGACACCACUUGGCUUCUGCUACCUCAUAGAUUUUCAGAACAUGACACAGGUGAACAGACAAAGCCAGAGGUGUCGGAGGAUCCAGAGGCGUGCUGAAAUGGCCUACCCUUUAGUGUCUGGUCCUCUCCCUGUUCCCAAAGGGGGAGGAGUAGGAGAAGGUGGAGGCCUAACGGGAGCCUUGCUGGGUGUUGGGGUUUCAGGGGCCAGCAUGGGGAUUGGAAGCUCUGCCUACCCAAAUGGAGGCUUACCGGCUACUGGACUGGGCCAGCCUUGUUCCUGUCAGCAGUGCAUGCUGGUCCUUAGUGUAAAGACCAAUACAAUAGGAGCAGGAGUAGGAGCAGCUGGGAUACAGAUUCUAGGUAGACGCUCACUAACCAUGCAGCGACCCAAGAACUCAGCACCCACCGCCUCCAGGCCUCUGAGUCCAUCUAAAUCGGCCACUCUGGGACGAGGACAGCAGCAGAACUCCAACUCCAACUCCAAUUACUAUCAGACGCUGCCUCAUGGCCUCGCGAUCUCCAAAAACACCGCCUCGCCAAGAAGGAACGCCCAGCUCUUUGCUCAGUCGCUGGCCACCCUCACUGCUGGCACGUCCUCUCUGGGUAUCUCCUCGUCUUCCAACAGGCCGCCUCCCCCAUCCCUCCCACCUCCUCAGCCUCCAUCAUCCAACCCGAAUCUAAACCCUCCGUCCAUUCCACCCAAGCACUCGUCAUCUUCAGCCAAUGAAUCAGUGCCAACUGCCACAUUAAUUACUCCUGCCAGCAAUGUGACCACACCCCCUUCUCCUGUGCCAUCCCCAUCACCAGUGGUGAUGAAACCACAGCGGGCGCCGUUGUCUGCAGCUACAGUGUGCCAUGCCCCGUUGCCACAGAGAUCAAGCUUAGCCGGGCUGAGCCGACCAGCAUUACAGAGGAUCGCUAUGGCCCAGUCCAGAGCGCUCAUAGCAUCAGGUGUGCCCACUGUCCCGGUGAAGAACCUCAAUGGAUCCAGUCCUGUUCACCCUGCGCUGGCUGGGAUCACAGGAAUCCUGAUGAGUGCUGCCGCUCUGCCUGUGUGUCUGACCAGGCCUCCUAAACUCGUGCUGCACCCUCCACCUGUGAGCAAGAGUGACAUCAAACCAGUGCCAGGCUUCGGCCACUGCUGCAGGAAAACUACCAAGAAACAAGUCCGCAAGGGGAAAACUCCAGAGGAGGUGGUAAAGAAGUACCUGCAGAAAGUCAAAAGUCCACCAGAGGAGGACUGUACCAUCUGUAUGGAGCCACUGGCGGGUCCAUCUGGAUACAAGGGUCCAGGAGUGGGCCCUGUUUCCAGGGCAGAGUCAGUUGGGCGGCUAGUACAGUGUGGGCACCAGUACCAUUUCCAGUGUCUGGUGGCCAUGUAUAAUAAUGGCAACAAGGACGGCAGUCUUCAGUGCCCUACAUGUAAAACCAUCUAUGGUGUAAAGACAGGCAACCAGCCGGCAGGGAAGAUGGAGUACCACGUCAUCCCUCACUCUCUACCGGGGCAUCCUGACUGCAAAACCAUACGCAUCAUCUACAACAUACCCCCAGGCAUUCAGGGACCAGAGCAUCCGAAUCCAGGGAAACCCUUCACUGCCAGAGGCUUUCCUCGACACUGCUACCUCCCAGACAGCGAGAAAGGGCGCAAGGUACUGAGACUGCUCCUGGUAGCGUGGGACCGCAGGUUAAUCUUCUCAGUUGGCACUUCGAGCACUACAGGAGAAUCUGACACAGUGAUCUGGAACGAGGUCCAUCAUAAGACAGAGUUUGGUUCCAACCUGACGGGCCACGGCUUUCCCGACCCCGGACACCUUGACAACGUCCUGGAAGAGCUCAGGGCUCAGGGCAUCACAGAGGAUGACGGACUGAUGGAAAAGUGAAAACAACAGUGAGAGAGCAGUGAGGGGUGCAAGGGAGAACGAGGAGUAGGGAAGAGAAGUGGGCCUAACCAUCAAAAUAACAGGAGGAGGAGGAGGAAAAGAGGAAGUCCUCAAUUGAGAAGAACCCUCUGCCAGCACUUAGAAGGGGUGCAGAGGGAUGUUUUGGGUUAUCGAAGACAUUGAUUUUGUUUGCAGCAGUAACCACUUUUCAAGAUGUUGCCUGUCGUUGCAAGUCUAUCCAGACUUCACGGUUUUCAAACAAGCACAUGAACAGAAAUGGGUGUUUGAAGAAGCAGCAGCACGGGAAAAAAAAACCCUGAAAACGAAGAAGAGGAUAAGACAUUGGGAGAAGAGAUGGUACUCGUGGUUUUAGCUACUUAACUGCUAGGUACUAAAUGUCAAAAAGUGAGAAUGAAUCGGUACUAAUAUUCAGGACUAAAACAAUUUUACUUUACUGAAAGAGAAACAUACAAAGAUGGUAAAACGUUAGGGCAGUUCAGUAGAAACUGGGAGAGCAAGGACAAAGAGAAGGAGCAGUGGGGGAAGGGACUGGAUGGAGGAGACCAGGGAAUAAUGUAGCAGAAAGGGAGAAAGAUGGUGUACGAAUGUAGUGUAGGAUAGGAGUAGAGUAAAAUUAACUUGUAUGGUACUGUUCAGGUACUUUAGCUGUCGGUAAAAACACGAGCAAACCAAGGGUGAUAAAAGGACUGGGCACUUGCUUUGUUCAGACCACCUGCCUGUUUGUGGGUGAAGUGAAAUGCUGUUGCUCCCUCUUGUGGUUUUUUCUAAUAAACUACACCUCAGUCUGCAAGCUACUGAGAAAAAAUCAGUAUGUUACCAUGAGUUACCCACUUGUGUUACUUUUUAUCAUUACUAUAAUCCUCAUUUAACAUCAUUCCAUACUUUACCUCUUACUUUUGACUUGAUGAGUUUUACGUGUCCUAGGCUCUGUACUGACAAGAGGCCAAACUAAGGCCACAUCAUUUGGGCCUUUUUGGAGUCUUACUAUUGAGCCUCUAUGGUUCAAGUUAACCUUAGAUACACAGGUACCAGUAUUUACAUAUAUAUGCUUAUUUAAUUUUUUUUCACAUAGUUUCAUUGGAUGUGGAUGCUGUUGCGUCCUGUCAACAGUGGGGCACCUGUGAGAAAAGCAGAUGUGAUUUAAAAACCCCUGAUGAAUCAAAGCCCAGGCGAUUUGCUUCAAGGCCUUAGUGUUCAGUUCCAUUGACACUGAGUUUCACUGUCAGUGCUUAAAGCAAAGCGAAAUGAUCCCGGGGCUGGUCUCACAAUCAGAAAGCCCCUCAGAUUGGGAAGGGUGGAGAGGACAAGAGAGGCAGAGCUGACAAACAAACACAGGGCCACUGAGAAGAAAGAGCAGCUUUAGAUUUUUAAUAAAUGUAACCUGGUCCAAGCUGUCAAAACUCUUAAAAGGUUUAGGAGAUGUCACCAAAUGAUAAUGAUUUCUUACAAAAUAAAUUAGUGAAAAUUUAAUUAGUAGAACUUUUGAGAUGGUACUGAGAAAACUAAAGACUGAACUGGAGGCCUCCCCUGUACAUGUUUGGUCAACGCAGUGCCUUUGCCAGAUGAUGUCACCAUCUGGUGCGGCGAGGGUGAAAAUAUCAUAGGUCACACACAGCUUCAGUUAGAAGUUAGAAGCUCGUGCAUAGUUCAUGUGCAAUUCUGGGGUCUGAAGAGACUCGUGUGAAAUCACAGAGGGAAGCCAGUCAGUUGUGUUUGUGGCUAAACCUUUUUCAGUGCUGCAUGUUGUUCUGCCUUUUACGGCAUAUGAUCUUUCAUACUCAGAAAGUAGAACUGAAGUGACAGUCAUUACAAGCUGAAUGUGCAUUGAAGACUAUUUUUCCAGUCAUGUAUUUCAUCUGUGAAGAUUUCUUAAAAAUAAUGUUAAAAUAUUGUCUCUUGUGAACCCAAUAUCGUGUAUUGUCUCAUCUUGUGAGCUCAGUGUAUCGUCACACCCCUACCUCUGCGUUAUGGGGCCCACUCCACAUGUUCAUUAGUUUCUCUCCCACCAGGCCCACAGACUUUACAUUGGGAUGUUGUCCUGCAAAUAAAACUCUGCUUCCAGGCUCUGAGAAAGUUUUACAAGUAAAAAUCCUCCAUGGAGUACAAAUUCAGAAUAGAAAGAGCGAUAAUUGACCUGGUUUGGAGUUCAAGGUGUCCUGUUGACAGUUUUACAGAUGUUGGAUUUUUCAUUGGAGGACCGUGAGUACCUGGGAAAAAUGAUCUGAUUGGCUGAGUAGCUGUGCCGUAUCCAGCUUUGUAAUACAUUGAUGAUAAAAUCACAGUGCGCGGUGUCUGAACUCAGAGGCCUCAUUUGAAUCAAAUAAGAUGCUGUGGUCGGCCGGUCAGGGUUUAGAGCGUUUGGCCAGUGAGGACAUUUUAGUCCUUUUAGAUUAUAAUCCCUGUAGGUAUGCAUUUUCAGGACAAUUUGUUUUGAAGAGGCUUAUAACAGUGUGCAUAAAAACUGAAUUAAGGUUUGUCACGUGGGGCUUUUAAUCUGUGACUGAUCAUUAAGGUGAUCAUUAUUCUUAUCUCAACAACUCUCCUCUUAUCUCCACCUGAACCAACUGAUGACACACUGCUCAGUCUCUGAGUAGGGUCUGUAAAUGACCCCUGUGUGUGUGUGUGUGAGAGAGAGAGAGAGCAUGUGUGUGUGUGUGAGAAAGAGAAUCUGUGUACUGUGUAUACUACCAGCAGGUAGGGUAUUAUCUGGGGACUUCAUGAUUAUGAUGACAGUGAUGGUAUGUCCUGUACAGUAAAUUCUUUAUUGCAUUUUUUAAAAUAUGAAGUGUAGUUACACAUUUGUUUUUUAAUAGCAUCUUUCUUGACGGCAUCAUAGAGGAAAUUGCCUUUUUCAUUUUGUACAUUAUGUCCUUUAUGAUUUGUUACAAUUGGUUUACUAAGACAUAAUUGCAGACUACAGUCUUUUUCCACUGUGUACAGAAGCUAAGCUGAUUUGCAUCAUCUAUUCUUUGUAAAAGGAGUUUGAUGGUAGACUUUUGAGUACGAAAUGUAAUGAUUAUUAAAAGUCAAACCCUUGCUCUUCACCUGCUACACUUGCUCUUCUGUGGGGUAAAACACAUUUUAUUUUCUAUAUAUCUGUCCUGCUACUCAUCUGCACUGAGCCUUAAUCUGCCUGCUCUCAACAUUUCUGAUCCUGGAAGGUUUCAUAGCAGACUUGCCGACGGACCUUUUGGUCCUGUGUCCACCCCCUUUUAGCAGCAGAAUGGUUCAAGAGCAGGUGGGUCAAUGAAAAUGAUGUUUUUGAAACUUGUGAAAUGUUUUUAAAAACCACAUGUCCUGUUGUGUUGUAGCAGUGUCCUGCCACCGUUGGCCCAAACACUGCACAGUGACUUGGGUCAGCAAUGACUCUGUAUGUUCUGUAAGUCACUUUUAUUGCUUUUAAUUUGUCUUUUUUUAUUAGAAAAAGAAAUACUUGGAUUUAUAAGUAAACACUGAAAUAAAUGUCAUUACUCAACAGUUUUUUUUUUUUACUAUUUCUCUUGACUUGCUGAAUUGGAUGAUUUGAGUCUGAUCAGGCCAUAAUUAUGUCAUUGUGGGGUUAAAAGUGUUGUAGUCCCUCUACAGCAAACUCUUACCCUGCUAGACAAAUUAUGAGUUCCAAGUCUGGAGGAGAACAAUAUUACAGAUUUGAGCCUGAAGCCAUGUGAGCACUAUAGCAAACCGCUAUAACUCACUUAUUUCAGUUUUGUUCCUUCUUCUUUGGAUUUGUUUGCCAUCACUAGCUCCCAUUCCUACUAAAGGCAGUUUCCCCUUCAAACAUCGGUGGAUAUGAGCCUUCCAAGGCAUUUUCUGUGAGGUGAGGGUGGGAUGGAGAUGAGCAUGAAAAGCGGUGUACAUAUUGCAAAAUAAUUGCUGGAUUAUGAGUGAUUAAUACAAAAAAAUAAAGAACGAA